AGUAUUUUGCCAACCAAAACGAGGCAAUAAAUAAUCCAAAAUGGCGGGUGAUGUGUAUGAUUCGAAGUCACGGCAAAGAAUCAAUGAUCUGGCAGAAAUAACAAGACUACAGGAGCAUCAAAGAACGGCGAUUAUAGAUUGUCAAACUCGACUCCGCACAUGGGAAAAGUUUAAGAGUGAUUAUGAGACCCUGGAUAAUACUUUGAAAACACUUCCAGAGAAACUUAACCAUGAUAUCAUGGUACCAUUUGGCUCCCUGGCCUUCAUGCCUGGUAAACUGAUCCACACUAAUGAGAUUCUGGUUCUUCUGGGAGAUAACUGGUUUGCUGAGCGCUCAGCCACCCAAGCCAGGGAGAUUGUGCAAAGAAGGCAGAAUGAUAUAGAAACUAACAUCAAAGGAAUUAAAGCUGAUAUAGAGAGUUUCACGUCACAGCUGCAGCUAUCUCAAGAGUUUGGGAAAAUCACUGAGGACAAAAGUGAUUUUAUCGAAAUUAAAGAAGAAAUAAAAUCUGAUUCUGAAAAACAAGUGUCUGGUAAAGGAGUGAGGAAGGCGCAUGCAAAAGCAAAGGACUUCUUUCCAAAGCGUGUGGAGGGUUUAAAGGGGCAUAAAACAAGCUCAAUAAACACAAAAGUUUUAUCAACUGAGGAAAUGGAAUUAUUUGCAAAGCUUGACCAGCUUGAGAUUGAAGAGACUUGUAGAAAUGAACUAUCACCUCAUUUUGAGGAAACACCAGUAAAUAUCUCAAGCAAAUCCCAAAACAUCUUCAGCAUAUCAGGAGAAGAGUCUAAACUUCAAGGAGAAGAGACGAAACAAGAGUUUCAGGUGCCAGAGAGAGGAUGCAUUCAGUUCAAGGAUGAUCUUGAUAGUGAUGAUGAAGAAUCAGAGGUUGAUGAUGAUGCAAGAUCAAUUCCAGUGCGCUUCAGCCCUAGAGAAAAUAAGGAAUCACAGGUAGUCCAAGAGGAGAGCAGCAAAUUUGAAAGUCCAGCUGAUAUUUACAAGCUGAUUGAUAGCAAACCACGGGGAAUACUGAAGAGCCCAUCAUUUGAGCUUCAUGAUGAUGUACCACAGGCACCCUCUGAUGAAAAAAUACCAGAGGCACCUCGCCCUGUGAAGGAUCCUGAUUUCCAGCCGCUCAAGGCAUUUUCAGGACAUGUAGUGGAAAAGAAAGCAACAGUCCCAUCUGUUAAGGAAAUGAACUCUCCUUUAGAAUGUUCCAAACCAUCUAAAAAGAUGUCAAAAUUCAAAGCAGGGAGGAAAGCAAGAAAUUGAUUUGACCUCAUAUAAACAUCUAAUAAAAUCCAAGUUAUAUAAAA